CAACAGCCUCCAGCUUGGAAUGAACCUAAACCAAAGUGGUCGUCACUUUGUGACACGUCGGACUCAAACAUACAUAAAGACGGAUCAAACAAAACGCACAAGAGGCAAAAAUGGAUUCUAGUCAACGGGAGGAAAGUGAGAAUGAGUGUACUUUCAGAGUGAUAGAAGAGGGAGAGACGGGGGCAGGUGCUGUGGAUGACAAUGAUGACAUUGUGGAGCUCUGCAAAAGUCUGAAGGAAAUUGUGGAGGACCAAACAGUGAAGCCCAGACUCCAGUGCCUCACAGUGGACCCGUCUUUCUCAAUGGUGACAGUCCAAAGUGAGGACAGCGGCAUUGUGUGGGAGACUGUAUCCAGCCGCUGCUCCACUCCAUGGGCCUCAGAAGGCAGUACCACCUCAGAGGCAUAUAGCUUGGAGGGUUCUGGUGCCCAGGGUAAGGUUAUCAUCAUUAUGGAUGAGGACAAAAUUGUGAGGAAGAGGAAGAAAAGAAGUGGCAGCAAGCUGGGUGACAGACUUAAAAGGCCAUCAUCUAGAAGUUUCCCUGGUGGAAAUGAAAGACCAUUCAUGACUGAGAUUGCUGUGCCUAAUAUAAGGCCUGAAGGUACUGGUGAAAAUGGUGAGUCAACAGAUCUGAAACAAGAAAAGGAGCAACGGUUAUUCAGCCUGGUUUCUGAGGGCUAUGAGAUAUUAAACAUUGUAGUUCCUUCAAGGCUUGCUACUGUAGAUGAAGAGGAAAGCACUGAUAUAGCAGAUAACUUGUCUUAUUUGGAGAACACACCACAGAUAAAAUCAAAACACAUACAGGAGGCAACAGAGCUUCCUGAAACCAUCUCGAAAACUGAAGAGGUUAAGGAAGAUCAGGAGGUGAAGAAAGUUGAAGAAGAGAAUGUGGUCUCUGUAGAACCACAGUCCUCUCAGGAUUCUGUCUCUAAAGCAUGUGGAAAUGAUGGAACGAGUGAUACAGAUUACUUUGAGAAGUUCACUCUUUUGGAUGAGAACUUGCCAGGGGAUGUUUCUGAAGGUGCAGAAGAACAUGUGCAAUCUAAGGACUCUCAAGGAUCAGCGUUACUUGAAAAUCAGGAGAAAUCCACAAGGUCAGCCAAUGAGGAUGCCUUUGUUUUGAUUGGCGAUAUUGAGAUGGCCAGUGAGCAUCUUGAUGAGGUAUUUUACAAAAAUGGGGGCCACGAUGAGCUAGUAGAAUCAGCUUUCAUUAAACAACAAGAAAGAGAUGAAGAAGAAAGCGCUGAUGAGGGAAGGCACAUGAAAUCGUUUAUCAAGGAAAGUGGUUCAGCCUUGUUUGGCAGCCAAGAGACCAUCCUCACACCUAUUUUCUUACCCUCAGGACCACCCAAGAUUAUUGACCCUGUACUCCUUGAGGAGCCAGCAGCUUUGCCAUUCCUCUACACAGACCUCUAUGAGGAAGCAAUGGGUGAGAAGAAGAAGGAAGAUGACUUCUCUGAUGUGGAAAGUGUUAUUUCGGAGAAGUCUUUUAAACGAAGACACUCUGACUCUGAUGAUAGUGAAGGGUAUUUAGAAAAGUUUAUUUUGAAAGAUGAGACACCAGUUGUAGAACGUGAACCUGUUGAAAGUCUGAACAAAGGUGGCUUGCAAAUGUGGGCACAGAGCAAAUUUGACCUUACUGGCUGCCUGACACGAGUAGAAGAAGAAGAAGAAGAAGAAGAAGAAGAAGAUAUUAAAGAGGAAGAAGUCAAUACAGUACAGAAGCCUAGUGUAACAAUGCAUGAAAAAGUAGAACAAAUUACCACAGUUUCAGAGAACAAAAAGGAAGACAUGGGGUCCUGGCAUGUAGUCUUUGAAAAAGAAUUACCUUCAGAGACGAAAAAGACAAAAUUGUGCAAGAAGGUAUCUGAACCUGAGACAGGAAUUAAAGAAGAAACGGAGACAGAUGAGACAAAGAGCACUGUUACUGAACACACAGAAUUAAUGAAUGAAAGAGUAAUUUCCACAGAUAAAAAAACAACCACUGAUGAGAUAAUGCAAGACAGCAAAGAAAAACCUUUUGUAGAUCAAGAGCCUAAAAGCACACCUCAAGAUACAGUCAAGAAAACUGAAGUAUCCCUUGAUAAACCUGAAAAAACUAGCAUAGUUCAUAAAUGUGAAAGCAAAAUUAAUACUGAAGAACAUGAAAGUAAACUUGAAGAACCUCCCAUAGUUCAGCUGCCAGAAGGCACAGCCGAAGGUGAAGUUUCUCUGAGUAAGGAAACCAUAGACAUUAAUAAGCUUGAAAACUCUGUUCAAGAAAUAAAUACUGAAAGUGGGAUAUCUGAGAUUGAAUCUGUAAAGACCAUUCGGAGUGCAAAGAGUCACACUGAGCGCCAAGCAAAAUGUGAACUUCUGAAUGAUAAUUACAUUACUGUAAUGGAUUAUAAUUUGGAUGUGCUCAUGAAGGAAUCACCCAAAAGAGAUCUGUCCUUGGAGGAAGCUCCAGACAAAGGCACUCCAGAAUCAGUUACUCAAAUUAAUUCACAGCUUCCACAUUCAGGCUUUGCAAGUGAAGACACAUCUUUGACCACAGAGAAGGUGGAAGUAGCUUUGCAGGGAAAUGCCAUUCCAUGGGAAGCUGACAGUGUGAAAGUUGUGGAUAAUGUGGAGAAAGAACUGGUGAAUAAAAUAAAAGAAAACAUAACUUUGAAAGAGUGGGACAGCAGUGGUGUGCAGUCCUUUAGGGAUUCUAGCAGAGUCCCAAGGACACAGUUACUUAGACUUUCACCACUGAUACCAGUUGAAACAGAUGAAGAAAAUGAGGAGGAUGACCAGAAGGAGAGGCAGGAUGUGUUGAAGCACAGAGAGGUCUCAUACUCUGCACUCAGAAGUUUUCCAGGGCAGGUGGACCUCUCGAUGUUUGGUAAGGAGGAGUCACUCUCAGACCAAGGUGAGGAAACUGCUGAAGAAUUGGGUUAUGAGAUGAUUACUCAACAAGAGGCAAGAGACUUGGAGCCCGAGGGAGCCCAGAAAGAUGAACUAAACCAUGAGCGUGAUCACAAAUUCUCAAAGCUGCAUGACCAUUAUAUCCCUACCGAGGAACUGUUAGAGACUGAAUAUGAAAUUAUUGAGGCUCCUGAUGGGACUCCCCUGUCUGAAGGUCGACAGGAACAAAUUGAUUCCAAUGCACAAGCCAUGGACACCUUUUGUUUGGUCUGCCAAUGCCCAAUUGUAGCUAAGGAUAAGCUUUAUGGUGAACAUCAGGACCAUGAAGUAUUGACACUGGAUGAGGCGUAUGACGACUUUAGGAAUAAACUUGGUGAAUGGAUUUCUGUGUUGCAAGAAAGAUCAGAAAAGAUUGAAGACUUGGUGUCAGAGCUAGAGCUGGCAUACAAUUCAGUAGAAGAGCACUUCAAAACCUGUGAGGAGACCCUAGACAGGCAGAACCAGGAGAUCUUAAAGUUGGUGAUGGAUCAGUACAAUGAGAUGUCCCAGACUAUGGAGGAGGAGAAAAAGGUCAAGCUGGAGCAACUGUAUGACCAGAUCGUUGAGUUCCAGGACAACAUUGACUUGGCCAAGGAAGCCUUGGACAGGACUGUCAAAGAGAUUGAGGUGUCAGAUCAAGAUCAACUUACCUUUCUGUGUUCAUCCGUAGACAUUAACCAGAGGCUGACCUCAGCCUUGGAGUCUUCCUUGUCCCUGGAGCUCACCCCCAGAGCUUUCCCAAUGUUUGAGGAUUACUCAAAGAGCCCUUCAGGACGUGGACGGAAGGAGUUGGAGGGUAUUCCAAUUCCCCAGAAGCCUCGCCUGCAAGCACAAGAAGCCAACUCUGCCACCAGCACCUCAGUCACGGUUUACUGGAAGGUCAAUGAGGGGGAUGUCAUUGAUUGCUUUCAGGUCUACUGUAUGGAAGAGCCUCAAAGAGCCAUAUCGGAAGAGUACAGAGUAACAGUGAAGGAGAGCUACUGCACAUUGGAGGACCUGGAACCCGACAAGAACUACAAGGUGUGGGUCAUGGCUGUCAACUACACAGGCUGCAGCCUACCCAGUGAGAAGCUGUCCUUUAGAACAGCCCCCUCCAUCCCCACAAUUAACACAGAGCGUUGCACGAUCUGCUGGGACUUCGCCAUUAUCCGCUGGAGCCCCUCAGACCGCAGGACUGCCGAGAGCUUCACACUGGAGUACUGCCGCCAGUAUGCGUGUGAGGGAGAGGGGCUCAGGUCCAUAUCUGGAAUUAAGCAGUGCGAGCAGAAGGUUCUCCUGCUCCCCAAUGAGAACUACCUGUUCUACAUCAAAGCGGUCAACACUGCCGGAUCCAGCGAUCAGAGUGAGGCCACGCUCAUCUCCACCAGAGGCACCAGGUUCCACUUGCUGAAGGACACGGCCCACCCGGCUCUGGAGCUGUCAGAGGACAUGACCACCGUGCACUGGAGAGAUGGGAACAUCUCCCAGAGAGGCAUGGCUGGGUCCCCAGGUGUCCUGGGGGAGGUCCUGCCUCCGAGAGGGUACCACUACUGGGAGAUAUCAGUGCGCGACUGCCAGGCCUACAGGAUCGGCGUGAUGUAUCACAGCGCCGCCCAUCACGACGCACUGCAGGAAAACAACACCUCCUGGUGUCUUCACUGCAUUCCCACGUCAAACAGCUGCCGCUUCCACCUGUAUCACGACAGCCUCAAGACGGACAUUAUUGCGGCGGAGGCCCCGGCAAGCAUCGGGACACUGCUGGACUUCAUCCACGGGAGGCUCUCCUUCUUUGACGGACAGAGCGGACGGAUGCUGGGCUCCUGCUGUCACCGGUUCUCCAAAGCCUGCCAAGCGGCACUGGUACUGGAUCAGCCUGGCAGCCUGGCUGUGUGUGCAGUGUCUGAAGUGCCGGAGUUUGCCAAGCGCCACUAGCAACCAGACGGUUACUUCUCGGCCUGCCACUUUGGAAGCUCACAUGAGCUUUCGUUGUCCCCAGAAAGAAAAUAAAAAGGAAAAAAACAAGGAAUCAGCAUUUGGCUUCUCAGCUUCAGUCGCAAAUGUGCUGCUUUCAAUUUUUCUUUACGCCACAUGAACAGAUCUGCAGUCUCUACUUUUCCUUCUGUUUUACUUGCGUUGUGUUUGUAUUUGUAUUGAGUAGUUUCAAAAUGAAAAUGUUGAGCGCUGCAAAGGCAACAUAUAUAUUUAAGCUAAAUUCAGUGCCAUUUUUUCCACCAACUUUGCUUCAAAGCACUUUUUCCUUGGACAUGAGUGGAAGGUGACAUGCAAUUUAAAUAUCUAGGAAGACUUUUUGUAAAUAUUUGGGAAAACAGUAUCAAAGGAGCAAAAAACACUAUUUUGUCAAGGGCUGUUGGUUUUUUUUUAUUAUUAAUUUCAGUAAGCUUAUUUAAUUAUAUAUAAAUAAAAGGAAUUAGCAUUCUCGUAUUUUGAAAACAUCAGUCAUGCAGUUCUGUGAAAAAGUCUCAGCUCCCUUUCCCAUUUUCUCCGUUUUUGCAGCUUUUUGACAUUAUAUUUGGUCAGAUUUUUUGUCAGUUCUAGUAGUAUAUGAAUUGAGUCUAACAAAGAAAAGAUUUAUUGUUUUGAAAGGAGGCAAAUACUAUUUCACAGCACUUUAUGCAACUCUUUUUGCACCUUAUGUGAUAGAAUCAGUGUGACAGCAUUAAAUACAUUUUAAAGGAGUGAGGAAUCGCUCUCUCACCUUUUCCAUUUGGAUGGGUGGGAGUAACAUGGGAAAGAUUUAUUGCUCUUGUGUGACGUACUGAGGUUCCCUAUGCUGGAUUUCCGCUCACAGGGAGUUACUGAUAGGAUACCGAUUUGGUGGUGCUGGAACGAAAAAGAAAAGAUGUACAAAAGGACAGGUUGUACUUUUAGAAGUGGAGUGUUGAAUAGAAGUGUGUUUUUUGCUUACUUGUAGUCAUGUAGCCUGUGGAAUGCGGCAGCCCGGUCCAUAGCAGCAACAAGCUUUCUUUCAUAUUACAGGACUAAGUAAACAUAGCUAUGUUUUUUUAUUUUUAUCUUUGUAAAAUUUUUGGUAAGUUAGUAUAAUA